AUGGUAUUUCGUUUUGCGAAACGAUGUAUAGAUGGCAGUCGUCACACACCUUUGAAAGUCAGGAAUACCGUCAGCCGCCUUCGCGAAUGCUCUCAAGGGGCUAGACAUAUCCGCCGCCUACUGUGGCCUUUUCCAUGGCAUUUUCGACCCCAGCAACCUCCCGCCGAUAUUGUAAAUGUUGGAUCAAACGACAAGAUCGUACACGUACUUCACCCAGAUAUCCGGCAAUUGCAAUGUAUGCCUCUCUUUCGCGCCAGGGACACGCCUUUGUGCUCACUCUACCGCAUGUUCGAAGACCUCUGCACACGACAAGACGUCUGGAUGGGCUACGAAUGCCAAUAUUUCUUCUACCACAAUGAGCCCCGUUGGCGUCUGUCUCAGAUCCCUGAUCCGCGAGAAAAGGAUCCAGCCAUCGCUGCAGGGCUAGCUAGUCUCGUCGACGCCAUGGUCACCGCAUUCAACUGGAAGCUCGAACUCGGUAUACGACGAACAGGCAAGAACGACUCCACUGACGACAGAGUGAGGAACUUUGAGCCUGAAAUCGCUCCUGCAUGGGUGGCCGAGGUGCCGGCGCUGGAGAAGUUGUUGGACUUGCAUACUAAUCCGCAUCGCAAAGAAGGCGAGCCACAUCCAGCCUUUUUGGAAAGGAAUGUCAAGGCAUGUGUGGGUCGAAUAUAUGAUGUUUGA